AAAAAAAGGCUAAAAAGAAGGUUGGUAGCACAUAGCCAUCGUCAGUACCAACGAGUUUCCCACUCCCUCAUCUUAUCUUAACUCAGCAGAAGACCCCAUAGUUCCCCCUCUCAACUACAAACUACAAACUCAGAACUCACUCCCACUCACUCACGGCAGCGCGUACAAUGAACGCUAUUUGGUCAACGCUCCAAUUCUGGCUGGUCAACCACCCAUCCAUCCUCCACUUCUCAUGGGCUCCAGGCCAAACCCCAGCCUCCACCCUCUCUCUCACCUUCCUCCUCACCCGCCUCCCGUUCUCCCCCAUCAACCCUGCCCUCCUCAAACCAAUCACAGCCGCCCACAACCUCCUCCUCUUCCUCCUCUCCCUCAUCAUGGCCGUUGGAUGCACCCUCUCGAUCCUCUCCCCCUACACCCCAAGCCUAGACUGGAUCCUCUGCUUCCCACCCCACAUUUCCCCAACUGGGCCCCACUUCUUCUGGGCCUACAUCUUCUACCUCUCAAAAAUCCUCGAAUUCCUCGACACCCUCUUCAUCAUCCUGAGUGGCUCCAUCCAACGGCUGACCUUCCUCCACGUGUACCACCACGCGACCGUGCUGGUCAUGUGCUACCUGUGGCUGCGCACGUGCCAGUCCUUGUUCCCGGUGGCGCUCGUGACCAACGCGUCGGUGCACGUGCUCAUGUACGGAUACUAUUUCCUGUGCGCGGUUGGGAUCCGACCCAAGUGGAAGCGGGUGGUGACGGACUGCCAGAUCGUGCAGUUUUUGUUCAGCUUCGCGGUGUCGGGUCGGAUGCUGUACCUGCACUUCUCCGGGUCGGGUUGCUCCGGGAUUUGGGGCUGGUGCUUCAAUGCGGUCUUCAAUGCCUCUCUUUUGGCUCUUUUCGUUGACUUUCACGUCCAGAGUUAUGCCAAGAGAAAGAAAAUGGGUCAAAAGGAUAAAGGGUCCUGAUCUUUUUGAUCAGAGUGUGGUAGUUGUGGUUGUAAGCUUGUAAUGAUGCUAAUUUUUAAUGCCAUUUAUGUGGACGGCAGCGAUUGGUUGGAUGCA